GUGCGGGGUUGUCAGCCUUACCGGUGGUGCCGCCGAGCAGUGGUAAAGAGACAAGGUAAUUUGUCGACGACUGGUGAGACGUCUGAGAUGGAUAUUGCGGUUCCAUUAUUGCUAUCCUUGAUAUUAGCUUGCGGCUCAGCGAGGAUCAAGGGUGGGAUCCGACAGCUCGGGCCCAGGUCGCGUAUAUCAGACUACGAAUCCUCAUUCGGAGGUGAACGAGUAAUCAGUCUGGCCAAGGCUAUCGAUUUGUCUUGUGUUAUUGCAUUGUACGCAAUAUCUUGCAAUGCGAAUAUUAACAGAAUUGUUGUGCAGCCCGAAUAGGGAAGCGUUUCCGCUAGGCGACUUCAUGCUGUUCCGAUUUGGCAUAAUGGAGC